AGAGCAGCGCGAAGGCUCGGGCCGCGGCGCCGACCCCCGGGGAGCCUCGCUGCGCCGCACGCGGCCGCCCACCUGCUGCACCAUACGCGUGCAGGGUGGUGCGGCAAUCUAUACUCGCUGGGUCCACGAGCGCCCCGCUGUCCGCUGGCAUGACCGUCAGGAGGCCCUUGUCCUGCGUGUCGGCGGGGCAACUGCCGCGCGAGAUACCAGCGGAGCUGCUCCAGGACGUCCUCGGCAGGAGGACCCUCUGCGUGGACGAGGCCAAGGCUCUCUACAAGCGGUUCCGGCAGUUGGCGCCCGACGGAUGGCUUAACCCAGACCAGUUCAAGGUGUCAAUGGGCGUGCUGGGCCUCACGGACGAUUCAUUCAUAGCGGAGAGGAUGUUCGAGGUCUUCGACCAGAACGGGGACGGUUUGCUUUGCUUCUCCGAGUUUUCCUCGUCCCUCGGGGUGAUGCUGAAAGGCACGGAGGACCAGAAACUCAAGUUGAGUUUCGACAUGGUGGCCGGCAGGAAGGCUUGGAUUGCCAAGGCAGACUUCAAGAAUUUGGUUAGCGCGUGCAACGCGGCGAAGGCCUCCAUGGCCGUGCCGCAGGACGGGCUGACCCGGGAAGACGAGGUGGAGCGCCUCUUCGAGGAGCUGGCCGCCCAUUGCGGCGAGGUCCAGGACGGGGAGCCCGUGCUGACCCUCGACGGGUAUAAGUGGGCAGCGGAGACGAACGAGGACUUCCUCUCGUGCCUCGGGCUCUCCCAGCCCGCCUCCUUCCGGCGGAGCACCAGCUGCGGCCACCAGGCCCGGGGCGGCGCGGCGGAGCUGGGCCCGGCGCACGCGGCGGUGCCCCUGGAGACGCUCGGGGAGCUGCAGCAGCGCAUCGAGGCGCUCUCGCGGAUGGUGCGCGACGCCCGGGAGGACCUGCAGCUCCAGCAGCUCCGGAGCGUGGUGGCCAGCAUGUCCCAGGAGCAGCCAUGGCCCCCCUGCGAGUCGGAGCCCAGCGAGGCGGCGGAGCCGGCGAGGUGGCCGCCGCCCGCGGCGGAGGAGGGCCCGCCGGCCCUGUCCGUGCGGAAGUUGCUCAGCACCACCGUGGCCGUGGAGAAGCUGUUCAGCGGCGUCCUGUCGUUGUGCGCGCCGCCCUCGCUCGACGCCGCCGACCAGGUCCACGAGGUCGUGGCGGUGUCCCCCGCGAGGCAAGACGACGAGGAGGACCUCGGCCCCGCGAGUCCGCGGCCGGAGGGGAAGUUCCUCGAGACGGUGGCCCACGAGCUGGACGGCAUCCUGGGCCUCUGCAACCAGUGCCACGGGAAGCCGCCCGCUCCGCAGGCCCGCGGCGGCCGCGCCGGGCUCGGGGCGCUGCCAGCCCUGGGCCCGCCGUCGGCCCUGACGCCGAGGGCCGCGGCGAGCCAGCGCGUGACGGCGACGGCCAGCGCCGCCGAGGGCGGCGGCGCCCCGGGGCCGCGGCACCCGCUGGCCGUGCACCGGGUGCAGAGCAGGAGGAUGCCCACGCUGACGCAGCCGGUGGCCCACCACCACCUGAAGAGGCACCGCGUCCUGGGGCCCAGGAAGGGGCUGGCGGUGCAUUUCGGGCACGAGAACUGGAACAUGGUCGUGAGCAUGAUGAUCGGCAUCAGGCUCUCCAUCGGGCGCGCCAGGGGCGAGCGUCGGCGGGAGAUGCAGCCCGUGGACUUCUCCAUGAAGGAGAAGUUCACGAUCGCGCCUCGCUACGCGAACAUCUUCGACUCGACGGCCUCACCCAGAGCUAUAAAGUACCGGUUCAUCGACUACGCGCCGAUGGUGUUCCAAAGGAUACGAUUGAGUUUCGGCAUCGACACCGAUGAGUAUUUGCAUUCCGUGGGUCCCGAACAACUUCUCGGAAACAUGAUACUGGGCAACUUGUCCUCGUUGUCAGAGCAAACCUCCGAGGGGAAGAGCGGCGCGUUUUUCUAUUACACUGCCGACGGCAAGUACAUGCUGAAAACAGUUUCGAAGGCGGAGUACCGUACAUUGAGGCGCAUGCUCAGGGAAUACUACGACCACUUGCAGAACAAUCCUCAGACGAUGCUCGUCCGCUUCCUGGGGCUGCACUGCCUCAGCGUGAUGGAGCAGCUGAGGGGCACUGAAACCAUGCUGCACUCCACGCAAAAGAUGUACUUCGUCGUCAUGGCCAACAUGUUCAACACGCCCGUGGAGAUCCACCGUAAGUACGACCUGAAAGGAUCCUGGGUUGGCAGGUCGACCGACCAGGCGAACCCCGAGCAGGCGGUCCUCAAGGACGUGGACUUCCGGGACGCCCAGGAGCAGCUGCUCGUCGGCGCCGACGCGGCGCGGGCGCUGGCCGCGCAGCUGGAGGCGGACACGAAGUUCCUGUGCGAGAGCCAGGUCAUCGACUACUCCCUGCUGGUCGGGAUCCACGAAGUGGACCGGGUGUCCCCAGAGAUCAGCUGCGAGAGGGACGGCGGCGUCAGGGACCUCAGGAGGGCCCCCUCGACCGAGUCGGCGGCGGCCCUGCUGGGCGGGGAGCUGCAUGUGGACUCGCUGCCUCUCCACCAGCGCCACCUCGGUGGCAUCCUGUCGUCCGACAGGAAGUUCCUGUACUUCAUGGGCGUCAUCGACAUGUUCAAGACGUACGACGCGAAGGCGAAGGUGGAGCACCACGCGAAAGCUCUGGUGUACGAGCGUGCGGGCGUGUCGUGCUGCAGCCCCGAGAUGUACAGGAGUCGCUUCAUGGCGUUCAUGAGAACCGCGAUGGCUUGAGCGGCUUUUGCGAAUUCGUCUGCCUCCUGACAGCGGCACGAAGCCGGUGUCGCAGCAAGGUCCGCAGGGCAACGUCCUGCUCCCACUGCGCGCAGCACUGCGUGGGUUCAAUGUGGACUUGCUGUCUCCGCACUUUCUCCGCCUCGUGCUCUCUCUCUCUCGCUCCCUACUGCCUCGGGGGUAUUUUUCUCCCAUCGCGGCACGGUUGCCACAAGAGCUAUCGGAGGACAAGUUCACGCGCUUGCGCCCGGGCCACGCACGUGCUGCUGCUGCGCCCGAACGAGGCACUCGUCCCUGCGGCGGCCCAGCCACAUAAUGGCAGGGAUGAGCAACCGCACAUCCCUCCUCCCCCUCCUGCAAGUCUCCGCCCUUCUGCCGACAAGCAGCGGUGCGACGCCGUAAAGCAGGCGCGCUCGUAGACCCUUGGGCCGGCCGUCACAAAGACCGGCCGAGCAGCGCUGCAACAGACUCGGCAGCACGAACCUGGACGGGCGGCCAAAAGCGCUCUUCGGGCGCUGCGUAGUGGCCGUGAAGCCACGCCCAGGCCCUUCGGAGAGGCGGGGAGGCGAGCGCGCCGCAGGGCGCUCUGGAGGCCCAAAACAGGACGGCGACGGCUGUCCCAGCCGCCCGCGGCCCCGCCGCCGUGCCAGCCCAGCAUUCCGGGUGGCGACUGCUCUCUGGCACUGAGCGAGAACGCCACCCGGACAAGGCGGGGCAGGAGAUCUCCUCACCAUGGGUCUCCGCGGGUUCCCUCGACAAUAGCAUACGAGUGUUUGUGCUGGUGCAGUCCCUGAUCGGUUCCGCGCAGGGUCGUCGGUUUCGCCGGAUGCAUUCGGGCG